AUGUUUAAAAACAUUGAUUGUAAGGAGGUGUUUCCUGAAGUCGAAAGACCUGUUGUUUCGUACGUGAAUUCUAAACACUUCGUUUUCUUCAACAUGACAUCUCGUAGACUCAAUCGCAAAAGUCCUUAUUACAUGAGUAUUCACGCACACACAAAAAAAGUGAUCGACUAUAAUUCGAUUAUUCACCUUCAUUAUUACGAGCUACUAACGAAUCAGUAUAAACCAACGUUUGUCGAGUUCCACAUCAAAAUGUGCGACUUGCAAAAAGACGAGCUCGUGAUCGGAGCGUCGAUGGUGCGCGCGCUGGAAGCGAUGCUGAAGUCGAUGCCUCCAGCUGAACGGCCCACUAACUCUACUAAGUGUCCUUAUCCGCCGGGCAUCUAUCAUCUGGUUAACGUAUCAUCUCCGCGCAGCAUCCUCUACAAAAGCUUUCCAUUUUCAAGAGGACGCAUCUUCAUCAACGUCACUAUGUUUCAGGAACUUGCUCUAAUCUUGCAAGUUGAUUUGGUAAUAAGAAACUUGUAA